AGCUUUUUAAUUUAUAACCUCGUAGCCUCGUAAGAUUGUUAUCUUUAAAUAAAUUACUUAAAUUGUACAAAAUCCUCAGUAAAUAUUUUGUAACAAAUAAUGAAUUCAAGGUAAACCACAGCAUAAUAAUAUACAUACCAGUACAGUGAUGAGUCACCCACCAUGGUGCUGAAGGGAGUAGGUAUAUGGAGGCCACCAGUGUAAACACUUGUCUCAGCAAGAGCACAGCUCCUAUAUGUAUAGAGACAUCCAGCUACUACUUCCACGUGCAGUCUGUGGCCAAAUGGCUGAGCUGCAACGGCGAGCCGGCGGGGGUGGGCCCCACGCUCGUGGUGGCUAGCGCGGCCGCCGUGUUCCUGUACCAUGAGCUGAGGCAGAGCGUGAGGGGGGCAGGGGGGGCGGGGGCGCGGCUGGAGAAACUGCUGCUGAGCACGAUGGCGGUGGGCGCGCUGGCGCUGCUGGUGCACGUGUGGGUGUGCGCCGCCCGGUUCUUCCUCUACUACCUGGACACGCUGCUCAGAGAGAGCCCCUGCCUCCUCCUGGAGCUCACCACAGCCGGCGUACUCGGCGCGCGCUCUGAAGCCCUCCUCACGCCGCUGACCAGGUUCGCGCGCGAGCAGCAGCACCAGAUCCACGUGACGGCCUGCUGGUUCCUCGCGCUGUGCUGCGCGGACUACGUGAGGAAGCACUACUGCGAGACCUUUAAUUUGCCGUAUUUGGAGCAGUGGCAGAGCGGGCUGCAGCGGCGCACGUCGCGCUCGGUGCGGGCGGCCGCGGAGCACGCCGGCAGCUUCGUGGCGGGCCUGCAGCGCCGGCUCAAUGCGCUGCAGGGGGAGUGUGGAGAGGCAGUAUGGCGUCCGAGCUUUGCCCGCCUUGCAUCUCGCCGUGCUGCUCCCCGCCGCUCACCCGGCAGUCCUGCCCCGUCCUGCGAGACCGGAGCACGCAAGGCAGCCCCGUGCCCAGCUGCCGGCAGUCCUGCCCCAGCCUCGGACUGGACGAGGCGCGGGGCUCGUGUACUGCCCUGGGGCGGGCCGGUGCCGCCGGGGGUGGUCCGGGACAGCUCGGGGGAUGGAGCGAGAGCGACGCGGGGAACCUCGCCGACGCCUUCGACCAGCUUAGACAUUAUGUCCAGGAUACGCGAUGUGCUUGCGCUGGGCGUGGCGGCGGCGGCGCGGAGGCGGGCGCGGCGCCGGCACCCCAGUGAGCUGUCGCAGCUGAUAGCGGAACAGGACCUCGACAUGGAGUUUAUUGAUGUUUUGUAGACAAUAAAUGUUAUGAGUGGGUA